AUGUGGAAGAAGAGUGUAGCCGUACUCAGCGCCAUUGCCGGUCUGGCAAUGGCUGCUCCUGUUCCUCAGGAUGUUGCCACCGCUCCUGCUACUACCAAGUACAUCAUUACCCUCAAGGCUGGUAUCGACCCUGAGGUUGGUAUCUCGCACAUCAACUGGGCUGGCGAUCUGCACCGUCGUGGUAUCUACAAGCGUCAGGAGAACGGUACCGUCGAGGAGGACCUGAAGGUCUUCAAGGUCGCCGACUUCAAUGCUUACGCUGGUUCUUUUGACGAGGAGACCAUUGCUGAGCUCAAGGCCAGCAACGAGGUUGCCAUUGUUGAGGAGGAUCUUCCCAUCUACAUGACUGCCAUCACCUCCCAGACUGGCAGCACGUGGGGUCUUGGCCGCAUCUCGCAGCGUAACUACGCUGCCAACACCUACUACUAUGAUACCACCGCCGGUGCUGGCACCUACGGCUAUGUCAUUGAUUCUGGCAUCAACAUCAACCACAGAGAGUUUGGUGGUCGUGCCUCGCUGGGCUCCAACUUCGUUGGUGGUUCCCACAUUGACGAUGCUGGUCAUGGUACUCACGUUGCUGGCACCAUUGCUGGUUCUACCUACGGUGUUGCCAAGAAGGCCAAUGUCAUCUCCGUCAAGGUCUUUGGUUCUUCCGGAUCCAGCGCCACCUCCACCAUCAUGCAGGGCUUCGAGUGGGCAGCCAACGACAUCAUCAACAAGGGCCGCACCGGAAAGUCUGUCAUCAACAUGUCUCUCGGCUCCGAGGACUCUGUCUCCACUGCCUUCAACUCUCUCGUCAACGCCGCCACCCAACAAGGCGUCCUCUCCGUCGUCGCCGCCGGCAACGGUAUCAGCAACCCUCAGACCGGCGCCUUUGUCGAAGCCAUCGAUGCCUCCCGCACCUCUCCCGCCUCCGCCUCUUCCGCCAUCACCGUAGGUGCAAUCGGCAGCAACAACGCUCGCGCCUACUUCUCAAACUACGGCAGCACUGUUGACGUUUUCGCCCCUGGGCUCAACGUUCUUUCUGCUUGGAUCGGCUCGACCACUGCUACUAACACCAUCUCUGGUACCUCCAUGGCUUGCCCUCAUGUCGUUGGUCUUGCUCUUUACCUCAAGGGUCUGGAGUCUGGCCUUGAUACCCCUGCUGCCAUCACCAACAGAAUUAUUGCUCUUUCCACCACUGGUCAGGGUACUGAUCUUCGUAGCGGUAGCCCUAACCGUAUUGUGUACAACAACAGCGGUCGUUAA